AUGGAUUAUCAAAACAAACUUCGAGUCAUUAUCGUCGGUUCGGGAUUAGCAGGACUGACCGCCGCACGUAUCCUCCGCGAACACCACCAUGUCACCGUGUACGAGCGUGGAGACCAAACCGCUGCAACAGGAGGACAAGGCAUCUCCAUCUCUCCAAACGCAGUCAAGAUCCUCGAGCGCAUCGGAUACGAUCGUGAAAAGGCAGGCGCAGUGCCGAUCUAUGGCUAUCGGUCUUACGAUAAAGAAGGCAACGUUAAGAAGGACCACGAAGUCGACUUGAAGACAAGGUAUGGGGCAGAUCAGUUGACGCAAAAACGAUCCGACUUUAGGGAUGAGCUCAUGAGGCUCGCGACUGCACCUUCUGCCGAGUUGAAGAUUCAGGGUGAUCCAGCACACAUAGUCUACGACACUAAAGUUGUCGAUUUGGAUGCGGAGGAAGGGAGAAUAGCGCUAGGAGAUGGAACAACCGCUGAGGCUGACGUGGUCAUUGGUUAG